GCUGAUUUUGAGACAGAUUUAAUGCGGUCUUUUGGUUGUGGUCAUGGAACGAAUAAGGCAAGAUCAGCUCAAUAGACUUCCUCCAUGUUCUCUUAAUUUCAAUUCUCAGCUCGCGGGUUUGAAGAACUCUUUAGGAUUAUGGGAGGAUAUGAUAAACAAGACCUCAAAGUUGAGUGCUUCUUUAAAAACCGUAAUUCAGUGUAUCGGUGGAUUUCUAGAAGCAUUCCAAAAAAUAGCUGAUUGUGCAUACGGCAGUAAUUGUGGUUUAAAAGAUCUGGGUUCUUCAAUGACUCGAUUCUGUUUACGUGAACGAGGACUGGAAUCUAGACUACGCACUUUUAACAGCCAACUCACUGAGUGCCUAACUGCUCCGCUUAUCGAUCGUCUUGAAGAAUGGAAACGUUCAGUAGCUCAAUUAGAUCGAGAAAAUGGGAAAGAGUGGCGUCGAGCAAAAAGUGAACUUCAGAGGGCAACAUGUGAGCUAGAAAAGCUGUCAAAGCGUUCUCGCCGUAAAGUUAGU